AUGAACGACACGAAGGCCUGGGAGGUGGACACCCUUCGAGGGCACUUCAACAACGUCUCCUGCGUGAUGUUCCAUCCGAAGAAGGAGCUGAUCUUGUCGAACUCCGAGGACCGAACGAUACGAGUCUGGGACGUGACCAAGCGGACCGGCAUCCACACCUUCCGACGCGAGAACGACCGCUUUUGGAUCAUCACGGCGCACAGGAUGGUGGUCUUCAAGCUGGACUGCGAGCGACCCCUGGCGCAGUGCCAUGGACACAGCCUCUAUGUCGUGCAGGACCGGGAGGUGCAGGUGGUAGAUUUGGACAAGGGCCUCAAAGGUGUGCAGCUGGGGUCCUGUCGGAGAGCUGCCAACGCCAUGACCGCGGGCCUGAAGUCACUCCAGUUCAACACCUAUAAUCCGUCGGAGACCAACGUCCUUGUGUUCUACACCCAGGAUGGUGGUUGCUACGACCUGUUUGUGGGUGCUAGCAACAUCACUGCGGACACGAACAUCUCACCCAAGCAGGGCAACGCACAGGCGCUGAUUUCUUCCUGCUUCCACUGCUAA